UUGGUGUUUAUCCUGCAUCUGUUUGCUGAACACACUGAGGGACAUAUCUCUUCCGCUACAUCAGUUUUGUCACCCACGAAAGCAGGUAAAGUUUGUCUACUCCAUGUUUACUGCAAAAUGGAUUUUGACAGAAAGGCCGACCAACAAAUUACCAAUCCCCCACCACGAUUUAGAAAUUACAGGCAUUUCUUUCCAUCAAAUCCCUUCUUAACGUAGUUUGAACAAUAUUAUUUAUAUUUGGAGGAGAUAAUCUACAUUAUGGAUUUUCACAGUGAUAACAUCACUGUAAUCCACGAUAAAAAUGCAUUUAAUUGCAAUAAUAUAGUUUAUAUGACUCACCAUCAAAACUGUGUAUUACUAUCGCUGUAAAGACACAAUUGUUGACACUUGUGUUGUGCAAGUGUACCUAAUGUUAAGGCCACGUCGAAGCGAUCGCUUUACCCCAAUGACGUCAUUGUCAAUUAAUUAGAUUAAUAUAACAUCACCGAUUGUGGAACCGCUUCAAGCAGCGGGUUGCUUCCGUACAACGGAGAGCCACUUAUAUCCGUCAGUGGCGGUCCGAUUCGGGCGGGUUGGACAGAACCGGGCGGCGUCCUCUGAGCAUCACCGUGGAUCCGCCAAUCGGAGCUCAGCUCCGGGCAGAUUAACCCGCAGAGCUCCGGCGGUGCUCCGUAGUCGCCCCAGAAACAAGGCUCGCGUCCAGAGCAGACGGGGAGUGUUCGUUAUUUGCUCGAACCUUUCUCACAUUGAUCCACUUUGGUUGUCCUCGGCAAAUGUAAGCGAGCAGGAGAUGGAUGCUGGCUCGACCACAGGGGACAGCACGGAUGCGAUAGUGAUGGAUGAUUCUUCUACAGAAGAAAGGGACACCCAAGAGGCUUAUCACAGCGGGAUCCCGGUGCUGUCGCUGUGCCCUCCCGACAGCGUGUAUCCGGAACAGACCAAUCUGAAUGCCAUCCAAGCUGAUCGCGCGCUUUGUGACAGCUACAGCAGCCUCGAUGGACCCUCUUCAUCCUGCCAGCUUUAUCACCAAGUUCCUCAGGGUCAAGCUGAGCUCUGUAAAUGCCCCCACUGCAGCCCGUACGAUGCACUCGAGGCAAGCGCGUGCUGCGAGUCAAACAGCACCAGCGGCGCUCACACAGGGGCAAGUGCGGCGGUGCGAGUGGGCCACAGCUGUAGUUCAACCCAUCAACGGUCUCACCAGAACGCUGCGAUGGACUGCCACUGGCUGCAUGGAUCCAGUGAAGGCGGCGCACAGAGACCUACGCAGCAGCACGUGGUAACACUUGGGGAUGGAGGACUUGACUGCUUUGUGAGAAAUUAUUCCCAGAUGCUGGUGAACUACCCAUUCGAGGUUCUCCUGGGAUGUGCGUUGCUGCUACUCGGAUGUUCUCUGGCCGGCCUCCUCAUUGGACCGCUGCCAGACUUCUCCGAGCCUCUGCUGGGCUUUGAGCCACGAGGAACAAACAUCGCAGUUCGUCAAUCCAGCUUGUCCAAGCUGCAGGAGAACACUGGCCCGGGGAAACCAUUGUCUCUUUUGCCACAGCAGCUCAGCAAAAGCCGUGGAGAUGUCGUCCACAACGCCACUGGAUUUCGAUUCAAGAGGAUGCUAGCCAGAGACUCGAGUUCAGAAUCAUUCCUCUGUGACGCACCUGGCGAGCAUUUGGCGCAGCUCGUGUUCCGCUCAGAAAGCUCAGCCAGUCUCUGGAGCCUGAAGGCCAUCCAUGCCAUGUGCGAGAUGGAGCAAUCCAGGAUACGCUCCAAGGCACCGUUCCAGGAUGUGUGCCAGCAACAUAUGAGAGGCGAGGCUGAGAUGGCAUCAAGAAGCAGCUGCUGUCCCAGCUGGUCCCUGGGAAAUUACUUAGCCGCCCUCACUAACGCCUCCUUCUGCCUUGACCUCACCGCACAACAGGUCUCGGAGGCGCUUCACCUCCUCCGCAAGUGUGCGCCGUACUACCAUGAUGGACAUCUAGCGGAGGUCUGUUUUCAGAGACCCAAACAUGGCAGCUGCUCUUCUGUCCCGUCACGCUGCAAACAGUCCCGCAUAGUGUUCCAAAUCUUGCACUUCCUGGUUGAUAAAGAUUUCCUGGGACCGCAGACGGCCCAGUAUCAGAUUCCCACCCUCAAAUACAGUCUUCUCUUUCUACCGGUGGAUAAGGGGGAACGCAUGAUGGAGAUCUACAUGAGGAGUCUAAAGGGAAGCGAUCUGACAUAUAAGAACACGACGAUCACCGGCAUGGACCUCGGAAUCAAGCAGACACUGUUCAAGUAUUAUCUAGCAAGAGACUCGGUGUUCCCCAUUCUCGCAAUCAUUUCCCUUCUGAUCACAAUGGCUCUCUAUCUUCACUCUCUCUUCAUGGUGGCAUUAUCUGUGGUAGCAAUCAGCGGGUCCCUCCUCACUUCCUAUUUCCUCUAUAAAGUAGCAUUUCGCCUGACUUUCUUCCCACUGGUUAACCUCUCGGCGGCGCUUAUUCUCCUGGGAAGUUGCUCCAAUCACGUUUUUAUCUUUGCAGACUUCUGGAAUAUGCAGCUGUCCCAGAAGCCCUCGGCGGCCUUGGAGAAGAGAGUACACAGGGUUUUGCAGGAAAUGGGCUAUUUGAUAUUAGCUUCGGGGUUGACUUCCAGCGCAGCAUUUUGCUCCGGUUAUCUCAGCAGCAUCACGGCUAUCAGAUGCUUUGCGGUUUAUCUUGGAACCGCCUCGUUUAUUAGUUCCCUCUUGGCACUUGUGUGGCUGCCGUGCUCUUUUAUCUUGCGUGAACGUUACACGGAAACAUCCGCUCGACCGCCGGGGUGGAAGCCCUGUUGUGUCAAGAAGCCAGGCGGCUUCUGGGAUGCGGGCUCACGCAAGCGGUUCCUUUUCACAUUUGGGCAGAAGCUGAGAGAACUAAAACGAGGUCUCGCUGACACGUCCAAUUUAGUGUUCCUCAAAAUCCUGCCUUGCGGAGUGGUCAAGUUCCGAUACAUCUGGGUGUGCUGGUUCGCUGUGCUGGCUGCGGGUGGCACCUACAUGUCCUGCUUUGAUCCAGGAAUGAAGCUGCCGACACUCGACAGCGCAAUCACUCAGCUUUUCCGUUCCAGUCACCCAUUUGAGCGAUACGAUGCGGAAUAUCGUCACAUGUUUAUGUUUGACCGACAGAUGAAUGGAGAAGAUCGGCCUGUGACACUGAUGCUUGUUUGGGGCAUCAAAGCCACCGAUAACGGCAAUCACUUCAACCCAAAAAGUAACGGCUCUUUGGUGCUCGAUCCUGACUUUACAAUGAGUCGAUCUCACGCUCAGGUUUGGUUGAGGGACCUGUGCGGACAUGUGCAAAACCAAAGUUUUUACUCUGCGCCUUCCCCUGGGGACAAAGAAGCCAUGACAGAUAAUAUCUGUUUUGUGGAGCAGCUCUUGCAUUGGGUCUCUCUCAGAAGGUGCUCGGGGAGUGACGUCACACUCCAUAUUUGCUGUAACAAUGUCACGUUCCCUUUCCCUCCUCGUGUUUUUGAGAAGUGCCUGAGCAUGAUGUUGGCGGAGAGGCACGCCGAGGGCCAUUUGACACAUGGCGGCGGGGUGUACUUCCAGCCAGAUGGUCGGAUUGCCGCCCUCGUGCUGGCAUUCAAAACCACAUACCGCUACAGCUUCAACUUCAGCCAAACAAAAGUUUUCUACAGAGAAACCCUGGCGUGGUUUAACAAAGAAAUAUCGGGGGCGCCGGCAGGGUUGGAAAACGGCUGGUUCAUCAGUCAGCUGUCUCUCUUUGACCUCCAACAAGCACUGAGCUCGGAGAUGUUGCUGGUAGCUGGCACUUCGGUGUCUCUUACGUUUGUUUUGCUGCUCUUAACCACCUGCAAUGUUCCCUUAAGCCUGUUUGGGACGGUGGCAGUAGGUGGCAGCGUGUUCGUCACUGUCGGACUGCUGGUUCUUCUGGAGUGGCAACUGAGUGGCAUCGAGGCUCUCCUCAUCUCAUCUGCAGCCGGGUUAUCUGUUGACUUUGUGGCCAACUAUUGUAUGUCCUAUUGUUUUGCACCGCACUCAGACAAAAUCGGGAAAGUAGCACAUUCGACUAAAAUGAUGGGCUGUCCUGUAGCAAUAGUUUCUGGCGCAUUUUUCUGCACUGGGAUCAUCAUGCUGCCUUCGACAGUCUUGCUCUUCAGGAAAUUGGGAAUUUUCUUGUUUUUGGUGAAAUGCGUAGCAUGUGGAUUUGCAACCUUCUUUUUCCAGUCACUGUGCUGCUUUUUUGGCCCUCAGAAAGGACGUGGGAGAAUUCCAGUCCCGUGUUUGUCGGACCCGUCUGGGGGAUUGCUGUCAUAUUGUUCAGGAGCAGAACCGGGCCCCGUGUCUACUCACGGGGCCUUAGGAGGAGCAAGCGCAAAGCAAACUUAUGACAAAGACACGGGUUGUUACCUCUACCCAAACCAACAGAGGCUGAAACAGACGGGAACAGGAGGCGGGGUCAGGGGCCCAGAGCAGUACGAGCUGCAGCCUUUGGCCUAUCGACUGAGUGACAGCUUUGAGAACAGCACUUGCACAAGUAAGCUGUCCAAUAGGCCGUCCGUGCUCUCUGAUGAGAUUGAGUACUGUGGCAGGGAUGCAUCCUUGGAUGGGGAAAGUGGGGACAUGUGUCGUCACCAAGCGCCUCCAGCUCUGCAGACUUCAUCACCAUACAAAGAGAACCCAACACGAUCCGUAUGCCUGGCAAAAGAUGACAUGACCAGUGGCAAGAGGCUCUGUAAAACCUGCCAAAAUCGUUCUAAUACGCUGCAGCAGUGGACCAAUAAAACAUUUUCAUCCUCCUCCAGCAUGGAUGAAACUGUAGUUAGCCACACACUGGAGACCACUGACCAGCCAUGUCUGUGCACAGAGGAUCAAAUCACAGAAGAAAGAAUCCUUCAGCCCUCCUCGCAGUCUCUGAGCUCCUGCGAGUUUCUGGAUGACUCCAACGAAACAUGUUUGAGUGACAUUGAACCGGGGUCUUCCAAUGCCCAGCAAAGCGUCGGAGAAACUCAGUUACAACCGGGACACCUGAAUGGGAAGAGAGACACUCUGCGUCUUUCACUCAAAGAGACAGUUUAUGAGAUGGGUGGUAAAGGUCGGAGCAGUCAGACUGAGGAAAUUGUUAUUUUACCCAACAGUAAGCCAGACCUCCCGGAUGUUUGGAUAAAGAGAGAUGGACAACGGGAUGAUGCGCUAUAAGCAGAAGACAUGCAUGAAUAGACUUAAUUGGUGUCUUUACGCAAGUAUAUGGAAACUAACUCAUUUGGCCAACAAAAAAACUAAAGCCAACCAUCCACUCAAGCAUGAUCACCUAUUGCAAAAGCUUGUGUCCGCACAUGUAUCACUGGCCUUUUACAUUUAUCAACAGUCCCCCCACCCCCCCCAUAAAAAAUGGAAAGAUUUGACCACAGAUUACAUUUAAUCAAAACAAUAGUGACUUCCUUCCAAAAUUAAUGUUUAUAAAAUUUGCGCAAAGUUGGGUCAAGUCACUGUCAAAACCUUACUAGACUA